GUUUUUGUUAAAAAAAAUGAGAAGUAAUUUGAGAAACAUGAUAUAGGUUUUACUGUGAAUACUCGGAGCAUUAGUGACGAUCUGGUCCAUCAAUGGUCUCUCUUUUAAGAGGAAUGCCCAAUUUGUGUACUUUACACACAAAGAAUGAUUCACUUAUUUACAGUCGUAAAUGCGAUGACGUCCAGGUCCAGGCAUCUGGGUUUGAUAUGGAAUACUGGAAGCUGCAAAAUCUGGAUUUUAUUUAUCAGUUGGAGGAGGUUACCAUAAAGCUUACCAAAGGGUCCGAUGGGAUUGAGUUUGCAAGGUACAUACUCGAGCAUGCCGAGGCCCUGGAGAAAAUGAACUUAAUUUAUUCACCCCGACAAUCUGAUGUUAUAAAGAAGCUAAACGAGAGUAAGAUAAUUUCCGAUGCCACACUUAAUUUCCGAUGUCACACUGACCUUCCGAUGAAUCUAUUUUGGAAUUUCUUGCUCAAACGAUAUAGUUUUUUCAACUUUGAUCUUUAUGUAAAUGAAAAUUACGAAAAAGCUAUAUUCAAAAUUUUUACUCUCUUUCUCUAUCUGUAA